UACAAUCACAAAUACUGAGUUCAAUCAUAACUCUGCCUGCACCUUCCUCCUCAGGUGCCAGAAUAAUUUAUAAUUAAAAAUUAAUAAUAAUGAGUCGAUGAGAUUCUUUUUUGAUUUUGACAACUGGAAAAUUCGUUGAUUCUCGGCUCCACGAAGGUGAGGAUUUUUUUAGUGAUUGAGUGCUAAAUACUGAGGAUUAUAAGGGCACGCGUAAGGCCCCUAAUAAGAAGCAAGUUUUAUCCACAACGGACGUAGGAGAAAAGUGACAGUACCUGAUGGUGUGGCUUGAGGAAGCCUAAGUCAGUCGCUGCUGAGACGGUGACUGAGAAGCACAGCACCAAGUACCAUUCGAUUUAUCAGGAAAUAUAAUAAAAAAAUUUUUAAUAUUUUUAACGUUGUUGGAAAAUUUUUGUUAAUGUAAAAUGAGAUUUACGAUCGUUACGUUGUGCCUCGUCCUCGGGGUGGUGAACCUGUGCAGUGGUACACGAGUUCAGUCCAGCACUAAAAGAAAGAAGGAUGCAUCUCCAGCGACAGAUCAAACAGCUGCCUCGUCCUUCUGGAGUCCAGCGAUAAAAACCGGAAAUGUCUUCAGUCAGGACGACACCUCGAAUUUCUUUUCGUCUGCGCACAGUCUUGUACAGACACAUCCGUCAUCCAGUGGAACAUUUCAAAGUGGUUUCGGUGGUAUUGACAAUCUUGGCAGUUUAGGAAUUACUGUCAGGCCACCGAGAACACGACCACUCGAUUACAGUGAACGUGCGACAGCUGAACUCCGAAGGAAUUCGGCGUUAUCGGCGCCUGAUGAGUGCGCCAGGGCCUGCAGAGAGGGUGAACCACCCCGAAUAUGUUACUAUCAUUUCACCCUUGAAUAUUACACGGUUCUGGGAGCGGCCUGUCAGGUCUGCACACCGAACACAACAAACACUGUCUGGAGUCACUGUCAGUGUGUCCUUGCGGACGGUGUCGAGCGGGGUAUAUUAACUGCCAAUCGGAUGAUCCCUGGACCGAGUAUUCAAGUCUGUGAGGGUGAUAAAGUCGUCAUUGAUGUUGAAAAUCACAUGGAGGGGAUGGAAGCCACUCUCCAUUGGCACGGUAUUUGGCAGAGAGGAUCGCAAUACUAUGAUGGGGUGCCUUACGUUACGCAAUGCCCUAUUCAAGAGGGUAAUACAUUUAGAUAUCAAUGGACAGCGUCAAAUGCUGGGACUCACUUUUGGCACGCCCAUACGGGACUUCAAAAAAUGGAUGGACUUUACGGAAGUAUUGUCAUACGUCAACCCCCGAAUAAAGAUCCGAAUAGUAAUCUAUACGAUUACGAUCUUACCACUCAUGUCGUCCUUAUCAGCGAUUGGAUGCACGAGGAUGCAGCCGAACGCUAUCCGGGAAGACUCGCUGUAAAUACCGGACAAGAUCCUGAGACAGUCCUGAUCAAUGGAAAGGGUCAAUUCCGGGAUCCCAAUACCGGUUUUAUGACCAACACCCCCCUGGAAGUAUUUACGAUAACUCCGGGCCGUCGUUACCGCUUCCGAUUGAUCAACUCCUUUGGAUCAGUGUGUCCCGCUCAGAUAACGUUCCAAGGUCACGCGUUAAACCUGAUUGCGACCGAUGGUGAGCCCGUGCAACCAGUGUCGGUGGAUACGAUCAUAUCCUUCUCCGGGGAGCGGUACGAUUUCGUUAUAAAUGCUGACCAGCCAGUGGGUGCUUAUUGGAUUCAGCUUCGCGGUCUCGGUGAGUGCGGUAUCAAAAGGGCCCAACAACUGGCGAUUCUCAGGUAUGCCCGGGGCCCUUAUCAACCUGCGUCGCAACCACCGACGUACGAUCUUGGUUUACCGCAAGGUGUUGUACUCAACCCCCUCGACGCCAUCUGUAAUAUGCCGAGAGACGAUGCUGUCUGUAUAAAUCAAUUGAAAAAUGCCCGUCACAUUGAUGAGGGAAUACUUCAGGCACGACCUGAUGUUAAAAUUUUCCUGCCCUUCAGGUUCCUCUUUUAUCGACCUGAAGAGGUUUUCCAGCCCAAUACGUACAACCGAUUCUUGGUUGCACCAACGGGCGAUCAUGUAAUAUCCCUCGUUGAUGAGAUUUCAUUCACAUUCCCACCGGCUCCACCUCUCUCGCAAAUUGAUGAUAUACCACCCGAGCAGUUUUGUAAUGGGGAUAAUAGACCGGCAGAUUGUGGGGCUAAUUGCAUGUGUACCCAUAAGGUUGAUAUUCCGCACAAUGCUAUUGUCGAAGUGGUACUCGUUGACGAAGUACAACAACCGAAUUUGUCGCAUCCAUUCCAUCUCCACGGAUACGCCUUCAACGUCAUUGGAAUGGGUCGAUCACCUGACAAAAAUGUCAAGAAAAUAAACCUGAAACACGCGCUGGAUCUGGACAGACGAGGUCUACUCCACCGAGAAUUCAAUUUACCACCGUCUAAGGAUACAAUAGCAGUGCCUAACAACGGCUACGUUGUUUUCAGAUUUAGAGCGGACAAUCCCGGAUAUUGGCUAUUCCAUUGUCACUUCCUCUUCCACAUAGUGAUUGGUAUGAAUUUAAUUUUACAUGUCGGUACGCACGCCGAUUUACCGCCAAUACCACCAAAUUUCCCAACAUGUGGUGAUCAUUUGCCACCAAUAACUCCACCACUUCCACUGGAGCAUUCAUUUCCCUGAUAAAAAAAAAAGUAUUGAAUGUACUGUCGCACAAUCACACGAUAAAUAAUCCUAGAACAAUUUUUACUUCUCCUGUAACAUAAAUUAAAAAAAUGAGGACAGAGAAACUACUCUUCUCUCGUGUGAUUUGUUUUUAAAUAAUUAACUGAACAAAUCACGUAAUCCUUAUUAUCCUAGAGUAACUCUUGACUGACAACCAACAAAGAGCAGCUCAACAAUAUUUAUUGAAAAAGUCUCAAAUAUUAAUUAUUAAGUCUCUCUACAAUAUUCUUUUUUUAUUUAGUCGAUAAUGAGACUUCAACGUUAACUAACAAUUAUAUCAUUUUUUUUUUGUAAAUAAUAUUAAAUGUAGAGAGAUACAUUUAUUGUACAUUUAUUAUUUGUUAUAUUGUUUGGGGUGUAGAUGGAUUCAAUAAUCAAUGGAUUGUGGAAAAUUUUUAAGACCGAAAUAUACAAUAAACAUUAGAUAGACACUAACAUAAUCAUGGUGCCUCUGUAAACAAUUAGUGUACAUGUGUGUGAGUGUGAAUUAAUUUGUAAGUUUAUUUUUUCAUUUAUUGUGUGAGUGAUUUUUUAUAGUAAAAUAUCGAGUGUAAGAGGCUAAUGUCAAAAAUAAAAAUCAAAUAUUAAUAGUUGGAGACGAGGAAAAUGUUGUGCGUUAAACAAUGGAGAUUUUUUUACAUUCCAAAUUUAUCUGUAUAUUUUUUUUAUAACAUUCGUGUUCUUGAUGGAUGGAAUCAAGAUUUUUUUUGUCAAUCAAUCAUUGCGUUGCGAUCUGUGUCUUUUGUUCUCCGUUAUUGAUCGCUCUCCAUCAUUUCUCUGCUCUCUGCUAUUGCUGAGAAACCAUGUAUUUUUUCCAUAUUAAUAAUAAUAAUAAAGUUGUUGAAAAAAAAGGGAA